CCUUUGCAGUGUGCUUCUCCACAUCCCCCCCCAAUGGGGAUUGGAGGACUCUGCUGAUUUCCCCACCUAUAAUCUAUAUGUCAAUAUGGCACCAAUAUACAGAAUUCUAGCGUAUUUCACUUUCCUAAUUGCGCCUGUCAUAGCGGCCCCUAUUGCAAGAUCACCCGAUCCCACCUACACAGUGCAACGAAACCAACUGGUCCUUUAUGAUUCCGCAAAUCGUUUUGAUAAUGACAUUGUCCUAUCAGACAUGGAUAAGAAGGCGAAUGCUUACCUUCAUGCUCUUCGCGAAAAAGAGACCACGGCAUUGAAAGCUCAAAGUCAAUUUCCCCCUGCCUUACACUUCUCACUCGCCAAGCCUGUGAUAGACAGCACAGAAUUAUUCAAAGUCAUCAGGUCUAUGCCAAAGGGCGGUUUUUUGCACGGGCAUUUGGAAGCCAUGCUGGACAUCAAGUGGAUAGUGAAAACAGCAGCUGAGGAUAUCGGAAACUGCUAUUUAAAAUUUGUGAACAGAGUUUACCCCACCUUUGACGAAAGGGGUAAUGCAAGUAUCCAAUUACCUCUUUUCAAUUUCUCGUCCACACAAUUACCCCGUGAUGAAUGGGCUUCUUGUCAACAUGCUCGUAGCUCCUUCCCAGGUGGACCCUCUGCAUUUGAUGCAUUCGUCGAACACCAAAAUAGCGUUAUCUCAAAUGAGUACCCCACCGAGGAAAAAGCGUGGGCUAAAUUUGACCUCGUUUUUGACACAUUGGGGUCGCUGAUCCAAUAUCAACCGAUGUUUGAGGCAUAUAUCACUCGGCUACUAGAACAAUAUCACAAUGAUGGGCUCACUUACAUUGAACUCCGUUCUUCAAGAUGGGAGACCUAUCAUCUAGAUGGAACACGCCGCAACUUCUCGAGCGUGCUGGACAGUGUUCGGGACAUUGUAGACAAGUUCAGAAAGGACCAUCCGCAUUUCCAAGACUUGAGAUUCAUUUACCAAGACCUGCGAUUUAACCCGACAGUUGAUAUUGAAAAUUCACUGAUGCACGCUAUUGAAUUGCGAAAAACUCAUGGCGAUCAGAUCAUUGGAUAUGAUCUCGUCGGGCACGAAGAGACAUCCGCACUCAGACCACUGGUCGAUACCCUGCGAAAAGCUCAAGCAAGCGCAUCAGAGCAGUCCACCAGUCUUCCCUUCAUCUUCCAUGCCGGCGAAACGACGCGCUCUGGAGUUCCCCCAGAUACAAAUCUCUACGAUGCCUAUCUCCUCAACACCAAGCGCGUUGGACAUGCCUUCUCGCUUUCCCACCAUCCGGGACUAAUUGAGAAGUUCAUCAACAGCGACAUUGCGGUGGAGGUUGCCCCGAUUUCCAACCAACUCCUUGGCUAUAUUGGAGAUCUCCGUGGCCAUCCGAUGAUUGAUUUGUUACUGAAGGGAGUACAGGUGUCAUUGGCAUCGGAUGAUCCUGGGGUUUUUGGAUAUGAAGGUGUUUCUUACGACUACUAUCAAGUCUACAUGGCAUUUGAGUCAUUGGAUCUUGCUUCCCUGAAGAAGCUUGCUUCCAAUGGAAUUACCUAUGCUGGCAUGGGACAGCAGGAGAAAGCAGAGGCUAUGGUGAAGUUUGAGACAUUGUGGGAUCGAUGGAUAUUGUCCUUAGUAGAUAGAUAGAUACGCAGACUACAUUGACACUGGAACAACAUGUAUCACGUGGUUUUCUUUACGCCACAUUAUCUCAUCAAACUUGAAUUUGUUUUUGG